AUGUCAGUAACACCAUUCAUGUUUGGACCUUGGGUCAUUAGAAACUCAGAGAUAUUCUUUGAGAGUGCACUAUCAGUAGCUCUUGUAAAUCUUAAACCUGUAUUACCUGGACAUGUAUUAAUAUGUCCAAGAAGGGUAGUACCAAGAUACUAUGACUUGGAAGAUCAUGAAAUUGCAGAUUUAUGGAAAUCGGCAAAGAUUGUUUCAAAAGUGAUUGAGAAACACUUUAAUGGUGAUGGCUUGACAUUUGCCAUUCAAGAUGGCAAGAAUGCUGGCCAAACCGUUCCACAUGUACAUAUUCACAUUAUACCAAGACAAAAGACAGACUAUGAAAACACUGAUCAAAUAUACACUGAAAUCGAAAAGGAAAGAGAACCAAGAACAUUAGAAACCAUGGCUAAAGAAGCUGAUGAAUUAAGAGUUUACUUUCAAUAA